GGUAACAAAGCUGACGAAGUGGUGGGCAAAUGAUGGCUCUACAAAACUCCAUCAGUUUCCUGCUUAUUCUUCUUUGCCUGAAAACAUUGUUGGCGGGUAAACCGUAUCGAGGGAACCAUGUCAGGACAACGUCUUUUGAUACCGUUGUUGAAGGCAAGGCACUAAAGAAUCAUGUAAUCGAUAUCAUCCAUGAGUACAGCCAGAUAGACUGUGGUUUUGCCUGUCUCCGGGCUACGAAUUGCCAAUCGUAUAACGCUCGUCAAGAGAAAGUAGAUGUGUUUGAAUGCGAACUCAGCAGCAGCACAAAGGGGCAACAACCCAACGACUUUGUAGACGCGCCAGGAGUUACCUACUUUGGAAGUGAUACAUUUCCCGCGCUUGGCUGUGAUGCUGGGAAAUGUCGUUAUGAAAACAAAUGUAAAGAAAGCAAAAUAUAUCCUUAUUAUCAUUGUCAGGAUGAUGAAUUUGAUUUGAAAUUUCCUUCUACAAAUCACACAUGGAAGGGAAAUAACACAGACAAUUUAAUCGAGAUCUCAGUUUGUUUCUGGUUUAAAUCAAGUCACGCUGCCUCAGGGACAUUCUUCGGUUAUAAAAACGAUGGAACUUCUCCGAGCGUUAUGAGUUUGGGCUAUUCUAACAACGACCUUUCAUUUGGAAUCAACGCUGAGCAGGCCACCUUCACUAUGCCUCCUCUUUAUGAUGACGAAUGGCACCACCUUUGUGUCACGUGGAACAGCACCAGUGGUCACGUGAACGUUUUUGUCGAUGGCGUAAUUCGCGGAUAUCCCUCUGGGAAAUCGUUCUUCAAAGAUGCCAUUGUGAAAGCGGACGGAGUGUGGACACUGGGGCAUUUCGGAGGCAGUGCUGAUUACACUGGAAAGAUGAGUCAGUUCAAUGCCUGGUACACAGUGUUGCCUAGCGACGAGAUUAAAGCGAUGGCGAUGACGUGUACGUUAAGUCAUACGUCCACCGGAAGUAUUGUGAAGUGGGGGCGAGAUUUCACACCAUCACCAUCGGAAAGCGCUGAAUCAAGAGACUGCAGUAAACGAGACAUUUCCUCAGAAGAUUUGGGAGAUUCAGACUUGCAUUUCUCUGGGCAGAGUGGAACGUCGUCAUUUAAAGCAAUUUCAAAUAUACCAUCACUCGAUUCAUUCACCAUAAGCUGGUGGCUGAAGACGACGUGGAUUCCGACAGCGGGCACUCAACUGAAAGCGAUUGCAAGCUUCACUAAAGACCUCACGACCACCCUUCUCGUUGCUCUCCGAGGCAGUUUUGAAUUACAUUUUCUACUGGGAUCAGAAGAAUGCUUACAUAAACUUCCGCCAAUCAGCGACGACCGUUGGCAUCACAUGGCAAUCACGUGGGAGAACGAAAAUGGGCAGUGGGACUUUUACUUGGAUGGCGUACACCGUGCUUUAUUUAACAACUUUCAAAAGAGACAUGUCGUUGAGGGGUCGUAUUUGAUAAUCGGGAAGAGCGGGGAUGAUAAAGGAUCUGGAUACACCUCCGAUGAGGAUCUUGUGGGGAGUUUGAGUCGUUUCAAUAUAUGGAAGUACAGGCUGAGCGUCGAUCGUAUUGUUAUGCACGCAAAGCAUCCCGGUUUUGAAAGUGGCGACGUCGCAUCUUGGAAAGAUAUACAACAAAAUAUGCACGGUCAUGUCGUUCGUACUAAACCGUCGACCGUCGUGAGCAGUUUUGGAUUGUCCAAUGUCCGGUUAACAAUGGACGACGCGAGCGAAUAUAAUCAUGCAAUUCUUCCUUAUGACGGCGAAGGAAUCAAACAAUUGACUGUCUGCGCUUGGCUUUUCUUGGUCUACACUUCUACCGCAGCACCGGGUCUGAUCUCUUAUGCGUCGCCCUCAAAUUCGAAUGAAUUCUACUUAGAAUUUUACAAUGGAAAAAUAAAAUCCAGUGUGGGUAACACUGACGACGUAACGUAA